UAAUUUUACCGGGAUUUUGCACUCACACUUUUCCACAAUAUGACAGUAACAAAAUGAGCAAGAACAUUUUAUCUAUACAUACAAUGAUUUUGCAGCAACAUUAACAUGCAGUUACAACAAAUAAAACUAAGACUAAACAUAGUAUAUGUAACAUACAAGGAUUUUGCUCAACACAAUUUUCAAUAAUUAUUCAAUAUUGAAAACAAAAACACAGUAUCUGUCAAGUGUUAACAGUUAUUGUAUAAUCACCACUCAAUAAUUAUGAAAAACACUGUGAUUCCAUCAAUGUACAGGUGUAUCUCACUCUCGUUUACGUCUGGCUCUGUAAGUAGUUCUUUUGUAGAUUGGCUCGCUGGCAGUGAACGGUAAAAUUCAUGGUAUUCAAUAGGGAUAAUUCGCUUUAUUGCUAUGCUCAGUCAAAGCAUUUACUUAAUCAUCCAUUUCAUGUACUUCUUGUUCUGACACACAGUCUGUUACUUCAUUGCUUAGCUCAGUCAAAGCAUUUACUGCAUCGUUCAUUUCAUUUACUUCUUGUUCUGACACACAGUCUUUUACUUCAUUGCUUGGCUCAGUCAAAGCAUUUACUGCAUCGUUCAUUUCAUUUACUUCUUGUUCUGACACACAGUCUUUUACUUCAUUGCUUGGCUCAGUCAAAGCAUUUACUGCAUCGUCCAUUUCAUGUACUUCUUGUUCUGACACACAUUCUUUUUCUUCAUUGCUUGGCUCAGUCAAAGCAUUUACUGCAUCGUCCAUUUCAUGUACUUCUUGUUCUAACACACAGUCUUUUACUUCAUUGUCAAGGUAAAAUGCACGCUGUUCGUGGCUUUGAUGAACAUUGGACUGAUCUCUUUCUAUCUCGAUACAGCUUUGUAUAAGUUGUUCGUCAGAAGAAUCGGACCACAUCUGAAAAAAAUCAAACUCUAUUUUAACACCUAGAGUGUUUUAGAUUAUAAAUAUUAAAAGUAGUUAUGUAAUUUCACAUAAGAGCGUAACACAUGCAAUAUGAGUUCUUAAUUACGGAGACAUUUCUUGCAGGAGCUGUAUCAUCUUAAUCUACAUUAUGUAAUUUAGGUUUGAACUCUUUCAAAUCCUGUGUCAUCAUGGACAAUCAAUGGUAUUCAGACACAUACUAUAUGUAUACAUGUACCUGUUAUGACACAAUAAACAGUUUUCAACGUAUUGAUAUCUGCAACAUAAACGUUUAAUUCAAUCAUCAGGUGAAGGGUUAAAAGAAUUUCAAUAAAACUCUUAAUACUUCUCAAAUACAGACUAUAUUCUAUACUUAUUCACUUAUUAUUCAUUUCAACCUUUAACAUGUUGUUAACGGAAUGUGGUUGCGCUUGCAAAAGUGUAGACUCAGAUGAGACAUUUCCUGUAGGAGCUGCUGUGUUAGCUUUGGAAACUUCAUUCCUGCAAAUGCAGCACUGUUUGCUGCGGUAUUUCGAUUAUACAAAUGCUUAAACUCUUUCAAAGUUCAUCUUAUUAAUAUUCAUAAAGUAAGGGUUCAGAAAAUAAUUUAGUUUGUCAACAUGCAAAGGAAUAAAAAUUAAUGUUCUUACCUUUAAGCUCUAUUAUAGUCCUUAGAAACACAUCCUUUCUAAGCUUACCUCGGACAAACUAUGAGGGAAAAAAUGUGUAAAAAGGAGAUAAACCCGGGUUUUAUUCCCCAAUUAGCAGUGACCGUGGAAGAUUGUUCCCAGCAAAGGUGUCGUUUCUUCAGAUAAGCCACACUGGUUUAAUGUUACCUGAUAAAUUACCGCUUUAUCUCACUGCUAAAAGUUGGUAUGGUUAAAUACUUGGUUUUUGCGCUAACACUUUAACACAAUAUAUUACUGUAAUAGAUGUGUAUCUUUACUUGCUUGGUUUUUGCUGUUACAAACUAGGCAAUAAUGUUUCUGUUUGUUGCAGCAAGAACCCAGUAUCAGAACAUAGUGGGUUUAUACAGAAACAACUGCCAGAUGUGUUGUAAAAUAUGUGUGUGCAAAAACCCAGCACCUUGCCAUACAGCAUUUUUGCACACAUCCCUCGCUGGUUAACGUUGGCAAUACAGAAAUUAUAAAAAUAUACAGGGGUAUUGCUCUACAUAAAAUACCAGAUAAUUGAUACUUGGUUUGAUCACAAAUCAAUAUCUCAAUAGUUAAUUGAGAUAUUUCCCCAAUGUUUUGACACAAUGUGUAUAUAAUGAAAAGACACACAAUUAUUGAAAAAAAAUGAUUUUUGCAAAAUCCACUAGAUACUAGGUUUUUGCUGUAACCCCUCGAUAUAAUAAUAACAGUUCCAAUAACCUGUUCGACAUGAAUUCUGACAUUUGCUAGUUUUCUAGUUGAUUCAAUAUCUGCCGCUAAAGCUGAUCCCUUCCUUUUGUGAAAGCUGGUAUAUUCACAGAAGCUGCAAGCGAACCAACACUUAUACUGGUGUCAAAACACAGGUCUGCUAAAAUCAAAUCAACUUGUGAUAGCUUGUUCAAACCCCCACAGUGUUCUGUAAAAUACUUAUUGCUUGUUCUACCAACCCAACCCUUUAGAAAUGAAUGACACUGUUCCUUGAGGCGUUAUUCCUAUAAGGAAUUUAACAGUAUGAUGAUGUUUGUAUGAACUAAGUUUUUGCAGAACCCUGUAAAUUUGACAGUUUUUCGAUAUAAACAUAAGCUUAAAAACAGUUUAUAAUCGAAACAAAUUUCUUUCCAAAGUUUUUCCGAAAUCGCAUUGACAUUGUCUUUUGUAAAACUUCUUGCUGUGGCCAAUGAGUGAACAUGGCAAAUGUGGGAGCAGGUAUUCAAACACCAAUAUGAGUGUUUCAUAUGAUGACAACCCAGUCAAGUGGUUUACGUUUUACUCAUUUCCUUCAAAGUCCUAUUCUGAGAACUUUGAAAUAGAUAAAAACAUAAUAAAUAUAUGAUCUAAAGAUGUGACUCGGAACAUGGACAUUUCAAUUGUUAUACUUCAUUUUCUAUUCCAAAGAAGUGAAUUAAAUCAACAAAGCUUAAUUUAAAACAAAAAUUUACACCAACAUAAGUUAUCUUAACACAGGAAGGCCUAAAUUGCCUAUUCCCUUAUGAAUGUCCUGGUAACAUCUGAGAAAUGCUCUCAAUUAAACACGGACUUCCAAAAAAUUGUUUCACUAGUAAUUUCACUACCAUUUUCUGUUUUUCAAUAUUAAGUCGAGGCUUGGCCAACUUAUCUUGUUAGUGUGAUGACACUUCAGGGAAGAUGAAAAAGUUCUUUAUGUGAAUGGGCCGGCUUCAUGGCAAGGGUGAGAGCUUUUGGUGAGAGGAAUUUGCUUUCUGCGACUGAACUGGAAACAGUAUGCUGAAACAUAAAGAUACAAAUGCUCAAAAUACUUAAAGACAUUUGUUACAUUUGUUAAUUCCCUUGUACAUUGAUUGCAAGAUUUAGUUAAUUUAAAUUUAUUUUUCUUAUACAAAUUUCUUGGUUUAGAAAGGCCAUUUUUCUCAAAUCAUGAAUAUAUUUUCAGAUUUCUUUCAAUGUUUUAUGCUAUUUUGCUUAAUAUUAACAAAAUGAAGCACUCGUUACUGAUCAACAUCAGAAGUGCCCAGGUCUUUGCUGGAGGUGCCCUGGUCAGCGCUGGAGAUGCCUUGUUCGUCACUGGAAGUGCUUUGAUUGUGGCUUGAAAUGCUUUGAUUGUGGCUGGAUGUGCCCCGGGAGAUGCUGUUGAUGAUGGGGUUGUCAGAUUCUUUUAACUCCGAAGCAUUGCGUUUGAUAUAAAAAAAAGAAAAAAUGGAUUUUUUUGUGGCAAUUUUAGCAUUUGGUGGUGAUUUUAGCAUUGCUGCUCUCAAGGGUGGCAAUGCGCGUCUUGGCUGAAGGCAAUUUGCAAGGUUGUCAAAAAGAUCAAAUCUUUCUUGUAAGAUCCUUUCUCGUGACAAUUUGUGAUUUUUUUUUGUCAUUUUUCUUAAAGGGUUAGCAAUGCAUAUAGCCAUAAAACAUUAAAUUUCGAAUGUAAAUACCAUUUUAAAACUAGCAGAUCAACAAAAUCAAUAACAGAAUACAAUAAUAAAUAACGUGUAAUUCACAAUAAAACCUUCAAGUUGUCCAGACGUGGCUUGGACCCGGACGGUUGACUCAAGGAUGUUGCUGUCGCUGAACGUUUUCGGUUGGAUGUGGAGCCAGAUGACACGGGUUUUUCCCCUAAAGUUGUUGGUAGUGAAUUUUGUUGUUGUGUAGAAGGCUGUGUAACAGCGGGUUCAGGUGAAGAAAAAGAGAUAGAGGGCUGUGUAGCAGCAGGUUCAGAUCGGUCGUGGUCCUCACUAGUCCCGCCAGGUGUUGAACACAAUGGGUUGACAACUUCAAGUUCAGCGAUAGGUGCUUCAUCAAAUUUGCCAACUGGCUCAUCACUUCAAGAAGCUCAACUUCGGCUGACGAGUUUAGAACACCUUCCUCAAUGUCUGACAUCAUGUCUACAUCGUCGUAGUCCAGGUCCGUCUGGCUUGUGCAUGUACCAUCGGCGGUGUUAAAUGUGUGACGCUCUAUACCUGGUUGUGUCAUUAUACUCAACCUUACUAUAAUUAUAAAGUGUAUCUAUCUCCGCUCAGAACCCCGUGAAAGUACACGUGCUUAAUAACUAUGUCAGAUCUCCGUCCACUAUAGACAGGGAUACAAAGUACAUAGAUUUUGAAGGUUAAAUGGUUGUGGGUUUGGAAAGUAAACUAUACCACAUACAUAAUUAUUAUACAUGAAACCUAUAAGAAAGAUUUUAGUGGCAACUGUUGUCUUAUGAUAAUGCAAUAAUACUUAUUAAGCAUUAUUUAUAAUAUAGUUUGUUUUAUAUAAGAAAUUCACGUUCUUCGCGACACCUGCAACUAGCAGUCGCUUUUUUCCGGUCAAUCCUUUGGACAUUUAGACAAAAAUGCUAGAUCUAAUUCUAAUCUCUGGAACAUCAACAGGAGGUAGGUCUUCCAUGUAGGCCUUGGCUAGGACAGUUUUAAGGAGAAGAAGUGUUCCUGCGUCCCCCCUUUCUUUAACUCUGUGAGCAGCGUCUUUCAUAUCAUCUAGCAGGCCAUUGUACAUGGUUUUUACCUAGUGAUAGACAUAAAUGUAAAUUUCUACUGUUUACACUAACAUAUACAUCUGUAGCAGUCAUUAAAGGGGCCUCACCACUUGAAAACUCCAUGAAAUUGAACACAUGUGUAGUAAAGCAACAUUUGGGGUUUCAUCAUACAAACAUUACUAAUAGCUAUAUAUUCAGUCUCCCAUCAGGAAAAAGUACGUAAAUUAUCAGAAUGAUUUAUUAAGCCUUUAAUUCUCAUCAACCAUCAGAUUAUGUGUACUUCUUCUGCUCAACCAUUAUACAAUGUUAUUGAAUGUGUGUAUAUUGUUGCAAUUGUUUUCAUACCUCUUUGAGAAAGGACAAAAGUGGACACAUUUCCACUUGGUUGUUGAACCCAAACAAUCUUACAAGCAGUUUAGUUGCUUUGCAGAUACAUGUAGCUGCGCAUUUUGAAGAAGACUAUUUAGAUUGUUGUUUGCAUCCAGAUUGUCAAUAUACAAAUCAAUUGCACUGUUAUGCAUAUUAUGUUGUUCACGAUUGAUAUUAUUGCCUCUUGUCUGUUCAUGCACUAGCUUGACAUUGUUCCCUGAUACAAGAUUCUUGAGUAUCUAACCAUCCUUUUCUAACUUAAGCCUGUUUCCAACUACUUCCAAAACAAUGUAUGGCCUAGAAAAGUUACAACGUAAGUCAGCUUUGCUUUUCCGUCCAGCUUGUGCUCUGUUAAAUGUUAACACUUUAUCACCCACUCAUCUGUAUAUUGAUGUUUUUUCUUUUCAUGUGUAUUUCUGAAGUCUUUAAGCUGUUUGGCUUUGGCCUUGUCAGUGUUGAUUUUAACCCUUUCAGUGGGUUCAGCCUUCUGUCUUUCUUGUUUUUGUACAUCUGUGUCGAUCACCUCUUCAGGGAGACAGGUUGGGAAGUUUUCCUGAAAACAAAAACAAAAUAAGUAAACAUACACUUGCAUUGAUAAGCUUAGAAAUUAGAAUAUAAACCUACUAACAAACAGGGAACAGGCACUACUCUGGUUGCUAAGUAAGCAUCUUUGGCAGCAUUCUACCAAGUUUAAGGACUAGUUGAAAUAGAUCUGGUGUUGUGAUCUCCACAACUACGCUAGUAUACUCGUUGGCGGGAUCAUAGAUGGACAGACCAUGGCAAGUCCAUAUGCCCCUUGGUUGUCCAUAAUCAAAAAUGCUUUCACUGUAGUGUUGUUUCUAUGUUUGUAUCUUAACAUAUUGAUCCAAAUAGAUAAGGCACGAGUAAUGUUUUUGUUAUUUUCAGUUGUAUUCAAUUUAAGUUUUCUAUAUAAUAAUAUAAUAAUUGAGCUGAGCUUAUUUCAAGCCCUAGAGUAUAAUCUCUUAUAGACUAUAUAUAUAUAUAUAUAAGUGACUUCGAAGAAGACCGGAGUCUCGCUCAAGGUGGGUUCCCACUGCCGAUCAGAUCAACUCGAUCAUCCCGAUCACCCAAAUUCCCCGAUCAGGCCCGACCAUGCUCGACUAAAGGCGAAUACACGACUUCUUCUCGACCUCUUGUCGAUCACACACGAUUAUUCACGACUCCUUCACGACGUCAACCCGACCACCUUUCCGAUUUCCGCUCGAUCAUCCCGACCUUUACACGAUCCCUACACGAUCUCAACUCGACCUACUGGAUCUCUGCUCGAUCGGUGUCAGAUCUUUCCCCGACCCGAUCGUCAUAGUCGUACUCGAGUCGUAGAAGGUCGUGAACAGUCGUGUACCAAAACUUUUAGAAUAAAAACUUCAAACAGUGUUGAUCAUUAUCACUUCAUCCUGAAACUUCAUGGUAUAUGUUGUGUCCAGCAUAGUAUACAUAUUUAUGGAGAUUGAGCAGUUGCAGAUGUGGGCCAGAUGGUUAGAGCUCCAGAGAGACAGGGCCAUUGCAGUGCUAGAGUUGGAACAAGAGGAAGAGGCUGAGGGUCGUAGGCAUAGACGUAGGCGACAAAUGCGCAGGAAAAUAUGGAUGAAGCAGUGGCUUGCACGACGACCCCUGUAUGGGCAUUAUGAGCAACUGCUACAGGAGCUAAACAGGGAAGACCCAAAAGGAUACAAAAAUUUCCUAAGGGUAGACGCUGAUAUGUUUGGGGAGCUUGUUGAUCGCAUAUCACCCAGAAUUCAGAAAAAGAACACCAACUUCAGGGAAGCCCUGGAGCCUGGAUUGAAGUUGGCGGUCACUCUUCGUCAUCUCGCAACUGGAGCCUCGUAUUCAGACUUGAUGUACUCAUUCCGAGUGGGAAGUAACACAAUAAGUAAAUUCGUCCCUGAAGUUUUGGAUGCUAUAAUACAGGAGUACUCUGAAGAGGUUUUGCCAGACGUCGUCACUGCUGAACAAUGGCAGCAGAUUGCAGAUGACUUCCGAACCAAGUGGAAUUUUCCUCAUGUCUGCGGGGCUCUUGAUGGUAAGCACGUGAGGAUAAAGAACCCGAAGAACUCUGGAUCUCUGUUCUAUAACUAUAAAGGCUUCUUUUCCAUAAUACUACUCGCACUCGUAGACGCAAACUACAAAUUCAUCUGGGUAAGCGUUGGUGCUAAUGGCAGUGCAUCCGAUGCCCAGCUAUUCAAUAACACUGAACUCAGAACCAUGCUAGAAGAAAACAACCUUGGUUUGCCUGACCCUGAUCCACUGCCUGGCGAUGACAUGAACACCCCAUACUUCCUCAUUGGAGAUGACGCCUUCCCGUUGAGAACUUGGAUGAUGAAGCCAUACUCCAGACGCAACUUGACCAACGAGGAGCGCAUAUUCAAUUACAGGUUGUCCAGGGCUAGACGAGUGGUAGAAAACGCCUUCGGUCUUCUCGCUAUGCGGUUUCAGUGCCUACUUGGCUGCUUGAACCAGAUGCCCGAAACCGUUGACUUGAUUAUUCUUGCAUGUGUCACACUGCAUAACCUUAUCAGCAUACGGUACCCUGCCAUUGCAAGACUGGCCGUCGACCAAGAGGACGAGCAUAACCAAUUAGUACCUGGUGAAUGGCGCCAAGGAAGACAGUUGGCUGAUGGUGAUCGGACCCAUGGAAGAAAUGUGGUGACAUCCGCUGGGGUCAGUCAGAGGAACUACAUUAAACACUACUUCAACUCCCGAGCUGGUUCAGUUGAGUGGCAACAGAAUAUGAUUUAGUGUGUUAGUUACUUUGGAAAGAUAUUUUGAUGAAGUGUAUAACCUAUAUGAUGCGAGUAUGCACAAGUUAUGUAGUUAUUAAAGUGAUUUCCGAUAUGUUUAAGUAUAUUAUAGUAAGUCAUCUUCUAUUUGGAUAUGAUAGUUUCCAUGAUAUGUUUGUUAAUGGAGGAAAUAAGCUUCAAGUAUACAUGUAUAUACAAUAGAGUUGAUUGUUUGUUUCUUGAUUUUAUGCCCUUUUUCGAAGUAUUUCAAUCAUAUCACGGUGGUGAGUUAACUUAGAACAUGACCUAAGUCGGCAACAAGAAAUAGCCACAUACCAGUAAUUUACAACUUUCAUUUAUAGUUCACCCUAGUUU